UAAAUGGCUUCAAACUUCAAAGAAAAAAGUACCUUUUAAAGAUCUCAACUUUUCAUGGUCCAAGUAAAUUUUCAAAUUGAUACUAGAAUCAAUUAAAUAUAUUGAAAAAUUCAAAGACAGGGGGGACACCUAUAAAUAUAGGCACCCCAGAGAAGGUAUCUUCUCCAAAACCAUUGCAUGUCCACAUAACAUAUGGUCUAUUAUUGGAGUACUUAGCUAGACAUGAGCUCUCAGUGUACAGUUCAGGGUAAGACUGCUUGGCCAGAGCUAUUGGGGCAAUAUGUGGACAAAGCAGUGAGUAUAAUACAGAAAGAGAAUCCAACUCUUCGCCCUGUGGUGUUAAACAUUUCUCAGGAUGUUCCAGAUCCAGAUCCGGUGGAUUGUACUCGUGUUCUGAUAUUUAUUAAUGAUAACAAACAGGUUGCUCUCGUACCUAUCGUACGCUGACAUUAGGAUCUAAUCCAAUCUCUGUCUUCUCUAUGCUAUGAAGUUUCGACGGAACAGUAAUAGUACACUGUUAUUGCUGAUAUAUUAAUUAAAUUCGAAGUAGCUUGUAGCCUUGUACUAUAGCGUCUUUAUUGUAAUGUAAUGUCUCUUUCAUGCCUAUGCAGAAUGCUGUUCCUUUUGUCUUUGGUUUAUGAACUUAUUCUCAAUGUCUUUAUUCGAAUGGAAUUUCUUUAAAGUGGAUGUCAA